AUGUCAUUCUGCAGGCUGCGCACCCACCAGUGGUGUUUCCUGCUUUUCAAUGUGCUCUUGUUCCAUGCUCUGCUCUUUGGCGCCGAUUUCGUGGAGGAAUACCUCCUCCAGCCAGCUCCAAGGACCUACAUGGAUGCAAAAGUGCUGGAAAUACGAGAGCAGGCCCGGAAGCUUGACAUGAAUGCAGUAAGGGCAAAUGACACUCAUUGGUAUGUUAUCAGCAACCCUCGGGUCUGCACCGACCAAGAUGUCUUUCUGCUAACGCUGGUCUUCAGCACUCCUGAAAACUCCAGCCGCCGGGAGAACAUUCGAGGGACAUGGGCUAACCGCACUCAUGUGCAGGGGUUCCUCGUCCAGACACUGUUCUUGCUGGGGUCUUCCCAUUCACCCACCACCCAAGCUGCUAUUAUGGUGGAAUCCAAGCAUUAUGCAGACAUCAUCCAAGGGUGGUUCAUCGACUCCCACAAGAACUUGAUUUCCAAGACUGUUCUGGCAAUGCAGUGGGCAGUUACAUAUUGCCCUUUUGCCCGAUUCAUCUUGAUAACUGAUGAGAGUGCAUUCAUUAACAUCCUGGCCCUAGGGGAGUACCUCCUGACCCUCCGCAGGCACCCAGAGGAUCUAUACAUGGGUCGCGUAGUGCACCAGGACAUGCCAGACCGGGAUCCUCGGAGCACACGCUACGUCUCUCCAAACCAGUACUCUCACAAGUACUUCCCAGACUACUGCGCAGGCUUGGCCUUUGUGGUGUCCCAGGAUGUGGCACGGAAGGUGUACGUGGCCUCGUCAGGUGUGGUGGCCCCUGUACCAUAUGACGUUUUUGUGGGUUUGUGUGCCCAGCGUGCUGGUGUGGUGCCAACUCACAGCUUCCGCUUUUCUGGGGAGAGGCACAUCCACUACAACAUCUGCUGCUAUCGCUUUCUCUUCAGCUCAGCUGAUGUUGGGACCAGUGAGUUGCCUCUCAUCUGGAAUGAUCUGCAAAGCAAAGGGAAUUGCUCCAUGCUGGUAACCUACUAUGGACUAGUGAAAUGCAAGGUUCUCACCUAUCUGGAUAAACUCUCCUUUUCCAAUGCCAGGCCAUAA